AGAUGAAUAGUAUAAACAAGUUCACGACCGUGUUUUGAAGCAAUGUUUAACAGAUGAGAAAUAAGUUUUGAAUUGGGUUGUAAAAGGGGUGCUUCUUCGAGAUUACUUUGAGCGAUACACUUACAUUGAGAAGCAUUCACACCGAAAAAGGAGGAAUUUUCGAGUCAAUUCAGUAAUAAAUAUUUCGAAUUGAUCAAUAUUAUGGAGAGAAACGAGAAUCCACGCAAUGCUUCGAAAAAUAAAAAUGGAAGCGAUGUUCUUGCCAGUGGAACUGAGAGUUUUAGUCAGAAACACGGUUUGCAAUCUAUCGAAAGUAGAACUCAUUCACAAUCGGUUAAAAAUUCACACAUAAAAGACAGACGUGUAGCCGGUUCUGACACGUCUCUCGAAAAUUCCGGUGUUUUUGAUGAUGGCAAUGAACGGACCAAUGCUGAGUCACCAAUAAUACCAUCGAUGGAAGCUCAAUCGCCCAAAAUUCAAUCGAAAGAAACUCAACUGCCCAAAAUCACAUCAAAAGAAGUUCAGCUCAUCGGAAUUAGAAAGACUAAAUCUAAGAAAAUUCAGCUGAAACGAAUCCGCAAAAAUGUAAGCUGUGAAAGUGUGAAGAUCAGUUCGUUGCCAUCAACAUCCGAAGAAAAUUGUGAAAUAAAAAUCGAAAAAGAAAUAAUUGAAAUUGGCUUCAAUUCGAUGGAACAUGCGGUGGCUGCAGAUCCGUUGCGAAGUCAUUGCAAAAACAGCGAAUCAAUGGAUCAUGAGGUAUUGAAUGGUGAUGAAACGAUUGACGAGGAAAUAAUUGAAGAUAUUUUGGUGAAAGAAGAGCCAAGACUUCAUUUUGAUAAUGAACAUCCUCUGGAAACAACAGACCAGUCGUCAAUUUCGAGUGGAGCCGAAGAUUCAGUUGAAAUAUGUGAAUUCGAGCCCGACACCGAAGCACCUGACUUCCUAUUUGAUGAACCAAACCAUCAAGCCAUUGAUGAACGACAGACUGGCGAGAAUUUUAACGACGAAAGAUCAAUCAAAGACCAUCCAAACGGUGGGAUUCUUACAAAAUCAACAAACCGAGCAACACGUGAACGAAUACACCAGCACGAGCGAUCUUAUUAUUGCAAUUUUUGUGGCGAUCGAUUUGUCAACCAACUUCAAUGUAAUAAUCAUGAGAAAUCGUGCAGUGGCGAAGAAUUCAAGUGCUUCUUCUGUCCAAUGAAAUUCAGACUAGUCUAUCUCCGAGAUCAACAUCACAAAGAUCACACGAAUGGCGGUGCCCAUGUGUGCAAGACAUGUUUGAAAUCAUUUAUACGGAAAUCUUCAUUAAUUCAUCACCAACGCAUUCACACGGGCGAAGAUUUCGAAUGUAACAUUUGUUUCAAACGAUUUCCUGAGAAACAUCACUUGUCAUAUCAUAGUAAAUUUCAUUUAAAUGGAAAACAAUAUGAAUGCGACAAAUGUGAUAAAGUAUACAAGCGCUACAGUUGCUUCAUUCGACAUCGAACACAUGGGCAUUCAAAGAAAAAUUCAUCUAAAAAGACUAAAGCGAAAAUUCCGUUUCUCUAUCAACCGAAAAUUAUUUAAGUAUCCCAUUAAACAAAUACAUUUUUAUUAGGAACAGUUUUAUGGGCACCCGUUGACAACUAAUUUGAAACAGGGAUUAAAUGUCGACCUUUUUUCAAUUUUUUUUUAUUUGUAUUUCGAGAAUAAAUGUACAAAAAAUAAAUCGAUGUUAAUAUAGAUCAUACUAGAGUAUAGUACAUCCAUUAUUACGUGUCGGCCCUUCAAUAUAUCUUAUCUCUGGUGGUGAUGGUGGUUUGUUCGAUUCAUUCCAUCGUUUUAUGCUGCUCAACGUGUUAUCAAUGUGCCAUUCCAAUUUUUGGCGAACUUCUCCAGUGAUGUCAACAUCGCCCUUUUUCCUUGCAUCAAACUAAAAUCACAAAGAAUUAGAUGACAAAAACAGAGAGACGAACAGAGAAGCAGAAACAAAAAAAAAAUGCAAACAUACAUUGAGCAGGACAGAAAACUUAACCUCCUGGAAAUAAAUUCAUCGAAUUACUGGCAUCCAAAUAUGCAUUGCCAAUUCGUUUGAUCAUAUUAUUUUCGAAAGUUGCUUCCAGUUCGUCGCGUAAGGAGUUGUUGUGUGUGUUAUUCGAUUCCUGUCAUUUAAAAUAAUUUUUUUACUAAAACACAUUGCAAUAGGUCUUGCUUAGUUGUUGAUACCUUUUCGAGAGAACGAAGCCUUUCCUCAAAUAUAUCCGAUGCGAUCUUCUCCCUUUCCUGUUUAAGAGUUUCCAUUCUCGCCUUCAAAUCUUCGGUCAUUUGUGUUAACUUCGCAGAGUUUUCUUGGAUCUUCAACCGAAUAUGGGGGCAAGAUACAUGUUAUGAAGGUCGAAC